CUUCUAGUGGUGUAAACAGCAGGUGUGACACGCCCACGUUUUGCACAUUUCCCGUGACGUCACUGUCUUUUUCGGUGUUAUUGAAGGAGGAAGAGUCUCAUUCACGGAAGUCAAGCAACUCGACAAGUUGUUGUUAACCUAGCUAACGUCCCUAACAGCUGGCCAUCAUGCUUGGGGGAGGAUUCAAAGCAGAAAGACUCCGGGUCAACCUCCGAUUGGUGAUCAAUCGCCUGAAGCUCUUGGAGAAAAAGAAAACUGAGCUAGCUCAGAAAGCACGGAAGGAGAUUGCAGACUACCUGUCAACAGGAAAGGAUGAGCGAGCACGGAUCCGUGUGGAACACAUCAUCAGAGAGGACUACUUGGUAGAGGCCAUGGAGAUCCUAGAACUGUACUGUGACCUGCUGCUGGCUCGCUUUGGCCUCAUCCAGUCCAUGAAGGAGCUCGACCCUGGCCUGCAGGAAGCUGUGUCCACUCUCAUCUGGGCAGCCCCACGUCUGCAGUCUGAGGUCAACGAGCUCAAAAUUGUGUCUGAUCAGCUGUGUGCCAAAUACAGCAAGGAGUAUGGCAAGCUCUGUAGGACAAACCAAAUCGGGACAGUCAAUGAUAGGCUCAUGCACAAACUGAGUGUAGAGGCUCCUCCUAAGAUCCUGGUGGAGCGCUACCUCAUUGAGAUUGCCAAGAAUUACAACGUGCCCUACGAGUCAGACGCCAUGGUCAGACCGGAGGUGUGUAAAGGCGAAGAGGCUGACCUCAUAGACGUGGACUCUGACUUCAAGAAGCCAGGUGGUGGUGGUGGUGGCGGCGGCGGCGGCUUCACCGCUGGAGCCAUGCCUAUGCCCAUGGGCCCCCCAUCAGCAUUCAGCUACCCAACACCCAAAGGAGCAAUGCCCGGCCUCAUAGGGUUCAACGGCCCCUCUGUUGGCACAUAUGAUGCCUUUAACAACUUCCAGCCUCCAAUGAGAGGAGGGCACCCCCCUGAGCUGCCCAGCUGCCCCCCUACCUACGAGUCUAUUGAUGAGCUGUCUAUUAAACCUUCUGAUCGAUCCCAGGUGUCUGGCCCCGGGCCUUCAUCCCAGAUCUACGAUAACAACGCCCUCCCUGAGCUGCCCUCAGUUCCCGACACGCUUCCCACUUCCUCCUUUGGAGUUGGACGAAACACUGCGAGCUCUGAUGACAUCGACUUUGAUGACCUGUCACGGCGCUUUGAGGAUCUGAAGAAGAAGACCUAAUCCUCCAGUAUCCCAUCAUGCUGUGUUGUCAGUCACCGCAGUUACAGGAUCAGGAAAUGUUGAAAUAUUUGGAUUGGCACCCUUUGCAGUGAAUGUAAACAUGGACUGUACCUCAUUCAAACACACGUGUCUGUCUGGCACACUAAAGGUGAAGGCCCUUUAGAGGGCUAUUUGACAGUACAUUUUGCAGUACACUUUAUUAUCGACUACGACCAUAUAGGUGUCAUCUUUAUAUGAGCACUUUGGAUGAAUACUGAUAGUAACUAGUAUUCUAUGUAACCUCUCUUUCUCGUUGUUAUGGUUGUCACCUAUCCCCUUGACUCACAGUAUGAGACAAUAUUUGGUUCAUAAUCAAAUAGUCUUAACUAAUAGUGUCUCUUGUCCAGAGACUGGAUUGAGUAAUCCAGAAUGUCAAUAGUGUGUCGUUGGUGGGUUUCAUGAAACUGUUUUUUACCUGCCACUGAAUCGCCUACUAGAAAAACCUGUUUUCUGGCACACCCAUUAUGUCGAAAUAUUCAGACCUAGGACAUUUUCAAGACCGGGUGCUACGGCCUAUGUCGGGUUUUACCCUCAUUACUCUCUGGCUCUGGACCUUUGGUGACAUCUGAAACCGGUUCUUUGACAUAUCUGUUACCUUUUAUAUGGGGUGAAGGGAUUUAAUUAGACUUGAUUGAUAAAGUGGGGUAUUGAGAUAUGGAAUACACAAUGCUAUUUACAGGAAUGAUUGUUUUAAUUGUACAGCAAACAUAUGUUGGUAGGAGGUUGAAGGCAAGAGUUGGAAAAUAUUUAUAUUUUGUACAUUUGUUCUAAUGAAAUCCACUUGGUGUUUUAAAGAUGAUUUAGUUUAACCCUAUACAUGCACUUUCCAUGUUUGUGUAAAAUAACCCAUGCAGUGUAUUGGUGACUGGAAUGCAUGAUUUCACUGGUGACAGAAAUUAUACUCUAUGAAAAACCACUUGACCAUGUAAGUUUGAUGUAAAUACGUCCCUCAAAUGUAAUGGGUUCUUCUUCCUCUUUGUCUAAUAGAAUGUUUAUAGUGUGAUUCAGUAUGUUAUCUAUGUAUGUGCGCCACACUGCAUUUACCAUCAUUAGAGACCUUCCCAUUCUGUAAGUAUAUUCAGACUAUGUACACGUAACAUGCUGUGGUGGAAAAACUACCCAAUUUUCAUACUUGAAUAAAAGUAAAGAUGCCUUAAUAGAAAAUGACUCAAGUGAAAGUCACCCAGUAAAAUACUACUUGAUUAAAAGUCAAAGUAUUUGGUUUUAAAAUACUUAGGUAUUGAAAGUAUAAAUCAUUUAAAAUUCGGAUAGCCAGGGACACACUCCCAACACGGACAUGAUAUACAAACUAAGCAUUUGUGUUUAGUAAGCCCACCAGAUCAGAGGCGAUAGAGAUGACCAGGGAUGUUAUUUUGAUAAGUGUGAAUUGGACCAAUUUUCUGUCCUGUUAAGCAUUGAAAAUGUAAUGCGUACUUUUGGGUGUCGGGGAAAAUGUACAACAUUUUUUGGGGGGGAAAGUGGUGAAGUAAAAGUUGUCAAAAUUAUAAAUAGUAAAGUACAGAUACUCCAGAAAAUGACUUAAGUAGUACUGUAAAGUAUUUUUACCUAAGAACUUUACACCACUUGUAACAUGCCUACUUCUUAAUUUAUAUAAUCUUUGUUAAAAUUAGUUUAAUGUUUUUUUAUUUUAUGAACAUGUAUUGAAUCUUGGUGAUGGAAGUAGUUUUGAUAAAGGAGAGAAACGGGGCUGGAUUUGCUGUUCCAGUCUUAUAGCUCGUUUUCACUCAUUUACUAUGGAUGGAAGUUAGGACUGUCUACUCCACCAUCCUAAAAUAAGACUUUAACACUACCGUACAGUGACCCGCUCACUGCUUUGACUGCUCAUCCUCUUAGGUGUAAUAUAGGAUUGUUUGAAGAGUGUUUGAUACUAACUUUGAUUAGCAAGUAUACUGUAUAUCUUGUCACAAAACAGAUAUUAGCCUAUGUUUUUUUGUCUAAUAAAGGACAUAUUUCUAAUUGAA